CAGGUGGUCCUCCCAGAUGAAGGAGGAGCUGCCAAGGGAGAACAGAAAGGAAAGCCAUCGCAGAUGCAGCAGGGCCUAGGAGGAGGUCCUUCCCUAAGAAGGAAGGAGCAGCAGGACACCAGUGGAUGUCAGAUGGGUGAAGGUGUCCCAGGCCAUGGGGGAAUGGAGCACCUCCUGAGCAGUCGUGGAAACUGCCGCAUCUCUCUCCCCUCUCCGUGACGGCCGAGGGAGCAGACGCGCUGCGGCCGUCCGGCUCAUGACGGAGGCGCCGAGGCAGCCGGCACCGCGCCCUCCCGCCUGGAGCCCCAGGGAGCCCCUCGCCACCGCCGGCGGCCCCCCGCCCCGCGCAGGCUGUCCUGGGAGCGGAGACCGCCAGCCAUGGAAGGUGGGCACGUAGGCAGGUACCACUUAAGUGUGGCUGCCAGCCCGCCCCGCUGGGAGAUGGGCACCUACGUGGCUGGCGCCCUGGCCCUGCUGGGAAUAGCUGCUGUGAACCUGUGGAAGCUCUGGCGCUCCGGGAGCUACCCGGCGCCGUCGCCCUUUCCCAACUACGACUACAGAUACCUGCAGCAAAAAUACGGCGCCGCGUGUUCGGAGGGCCGCCACAAGCAGGAGGCCGGCCGGAGCCCGGGCUGCCGCAGGGCACCGGAGCGGCCGGGGCCGGGCCGGCCGGCCGGGCUGCGGGUGGCCGACACCUUGGAGAGCAUCGACGAGCUGGGCGGCCUGGAGCUGAUGAGCCGGGAGCUGGGGCUGGCGCCCUACGGACCCCUCAAGAAAUCGGUGUCCGCUGACUCGCUGAGCUCCAUCUCGUCCAUUGGGACCAGCUUCGGGCAGGAUUUCACGGUGGGCCAGGUGGAGGUGAGCCUGGAGUACGCCUGGCGGGCGCAGGCCCUGCACGUGGCCCUGCUGCAGGGCAAGGACCUGCUGGAGAAGGACGACGGCCGCUUCGAGUCCUGCUUCGUGCGUGUCAGCCUGCUCCCAGCUGAGCGCAUCGUCGGCAUCUCCCGGCUCCAGAGGAGCGCCGGCUCGGUGUGCUUCGACGAGCGCUUCUCCGUGCCGCUGGAGCCGGCGGCGCUGGAGGAGAACAGCCUGCGCUUCGCUGCCUUCGGCGUCGACGAGGCCGAGAGGAACGUCAGCACCGGCGUGGCUGAGCUGAAGCUCUCCGACCUGGACCUGCCCGCCCGGCCCUUCAACGCCUGGCUCUACCUGCAGGACAUGAACAAGACAGUGGACUCGGUGGGCGAGAUCCUGCUCUCCCUGAGCUACCUGCCCACAGCCGAGCGCCUGACAGUGGUGGUGGUGAAGGCCAAAAACCUCGUGUGGACCAACGGCAAAGGAACCGCCGAUCCCUUUGUCAAGGUGUACCUGCUGCAGGACGGGAGGAAGAUCAGCAAGAAGAAGACAGCGGUGAAGCGGGACGACCCAAACCCCGUGUUCAAUGAGGCCAUGAUCUUCUCGGUGCCAGCCAUCGUGCUCCAGGAGCUGUCGCUGCGGGUGACGGUGGCCGAGUGCGGCGAGGACGGCCGAGCCGACAACACGGGCCACGUGGUCAUCGGCCCCUCGGCCAGCGGCAUGGGCAUCACCCACUGGAACCAGAUGCUUGCCACGCUGAGGAAGCCCGUGUCCAUGUGGCACCCAGUGCGGCGAAACUAGGGCUCGCUGGCCGCCGGGCGGUCCGCCCCGGGGGGGUUCGGCGCCGCUCGGAGGAGGAGCAGCCGCGGGAUGGCGGCAGCGGCUCAGCGAGACGCCGACGGCGGGAGGGAGAGGCAGCGCUGCCGCGGCAGUUCCCCGCCAAAGGACCUUUCUGCCGGCUGGUUUUGCUGCUAAAAGCCGUGACUUUAAGGCAAAGGAGGAUUUUUUUGCAGCUCCACACUCGCAUGCGCCUUGGGGACAGCGAAGAGCCCGCCCGGGCGGCUUAAACAAGGCAGAGAAGGCAGGCUGCGGCCGGAGCGCCCCGAGGCCUGGCCCGAAGCGGGCCGCGCGGCGCGAGCCGCUGCCCCGCGUGCUCCCCG